UAGAGAAGACAAAAAAUCAAAAUACUAUAGUAAAAAAGGAGUCGUGGUUUCAAUAAAAAAAGCAACAAGAUGCCUUCAUCCACAACGACGACCUCUGUUUCCGUAAUUGGUUCUGCAGUCCGUGUGGUUGAUGCUCCUGGUCUGAAAAUCGAUGAGCUCGCGGGCAAUGUUGCCUCUAAGGACGAUCGAGUCUCGAUUGCACUCGUAAAAGCCGAUGCUGGCACAGCUGAACCGUUUUUGACGCUCCACUACGACGAAUGGAUCUGCGUUUUGAAUUAUGAUGACAACCAAGAAAAUUUGAGUAUGGCAUACCGUAUGUACUUGCUUAGUCUAGCUCUUACACUACUGUGCUGUCUUUUUCUUUGCGUCCGUGAAGUGCCGGCUUUCUUUGCGCCCGCACCGCUUCGCAAAAUUUGUAAUUGUAAUAUAGCUUGUUGGGAUAGUUGUUGGUAUACUUCUAGAGCUAGAGGGCGUGUUGCCCUUCCCGAAUGUGACUGUUAGAUUGAAGGCAUCAGUUGUACUAGAGGGUAGAUUUUUAAAGGCUGAGAUGGGACGAGGGCACUUAUUUCAAAAUAUUACCGUGAGAUAGUACGAGGAGUGAGAUAGGACUGGGGUAUUCAAAAAGAGGAGACUUGUCCUAGGAGGUUGAGAUGAAAGGAGAAUUGUACCUAGGUAGAAGAGGGCACUUUCAGUCUCUUUGUUCUACAAGGACUUUCUUUCAUCCCACUCUGUUACAUCUUGUUCCCACUCUCUUACGCAUAAGUACGCUUUAAUCCUCAGGCAAGAUUGUAUUUGAAACCGACGGCAACAAAGUAGAGGCCUCAGCUGGCCAGACAGUUUUUAUCGCAGAAGGAACACGCUUUCGGCCGAGUUUUCCAGUCGACGCCGAAUACGUGCCAGUGUGCCUACCUGCUUUUCGACCAGACCGCUGUAUCAGGGAAUUACGAUCAUCUGACUAUGUUGUGUAAGACCCUUGAUUAUGUUGGAAGAAAUCAAUAAAAGAUACAACUUGAUGAAAGUGAUAUAGUACGUACUACGUAGUGAGUGAAGCUUUUCUCUGAGAAAGCGGUACAGGCAGAACCAGAAGUAAAGCGCUACUCAUCUUCGUUCGCGCAUUCUUCUAAGUAAAGACGAGAACGUGGAAGGUGAGAAGAUCAGUGACGGUCUCAAGAAGCUCCAUGGCGGUGCGAUCAAUGGUAAUUCUAGCUAUAAUGACUUACUAUCUAUCUUAUUUUAUUAAUACUAGAACAAGGAGAGUUUAUUCUUAGUUCCUGAACCUACUCACUCUGGACCGCUACUACGAGCAGUGAGAGUUUUCUUGAGAGCGUCACGUCUACACACCUUGCGACCUGCUCCUUCUCUUCAUGCUGCACAAGAAUCAGGGACUACGACAGAUGACAAAUUCUUUACUCACACUUAGUUCCUGAGCUUACUUUUUCUAUGAUAUUUUCAAAUGUACCACUAGCACUAUGUAGUUUUCUACUGAAAAAAUGUAGUCAUCGAAACGAGCUGCCACUCGGUCAGAACAUUUCGUGUACAAGGAAGAAGACAUCCUCUUGUACCCAUCACGACAUGCUCAGUUGUCGACUCCGCCAAUGGCGCGAAAGUGUGCAGUUCUAUCGAAGAAAAGCCUGAAAUCUUGUAUCACAUGACCACGGUGGCCGAGUGGAAGGCAGCUAAAGAAGCCAAGACUGCCUACUAUCCUAAAACCUACGAAAAAGAUGGCUUCUAUACUCACGCGACGGGUGUUCCUUCGAGACUCAUGCACACGGCGAAUCAUUAUUAUUAUGGUUUUUUUCUCUACUUGUGCUUCACCUUUUGCUUUUUGUAACCUAGAUUUCCUCUUGCUCUUCACCUUUUGCUCUUCUCAAUCUCAUUCUGGUAGCAACAACAAGGCCUGCUCUAAGUUGUUGUUGACUUCGUCUAACGACCGCUCAUUCUUGUCCUGGUUGUAGUUACUAUUCAUAUUGGUAGUUAUUACUCACCCUUAGAGCAAGGAGAAAUUAGGUUAUUAAUAGGCCAAUACUAAUAGUUCUAUACUUAACUAUCCUUUACCUACUAUCCUUCCUUUUUCUUUUCCUAGGUAGCUUGGCUCCACCCAUGUGAUUAAUGCGUUAUUUAAACUAGGAGGUCUUGCUUUCUAGGUUACUAAAGAAGAGAGAAGCUCUCUUGAACAUCUACCAAAAUGAGAUUGAGAAGAGCAAGAGGAUUUCAAGAAGUGCUUGAUUUCCUCUUGCUCUUCUCAAUCUGAUUCUGGUAGACCCGGCGCCGACUCGAUUACCGCUCCAUAGCUCAGCCGCAUCUUCAACCGUAGCAAAAAUAUAUGCAUAUUUCCAAUUACUCCACGACCUCAGUGAGGUCACCUCACUGUUCUCAGUGAAUCAUGUUGGGAUAACAGACUAGACGAUAACGAAGUUGUCUUCUCCAGCACCGCAUCUUCCUCACCCUUCUCUUCUAACGGUCCCUCGACGUGGAGGGUCCAUGGACGUGUCUGGAAUUCACUCGGACAGCUCUGAAGGAUUGCGGGAUUCACGUCAGGGACGAAGAGGCGAUGCCAGUUGGAGACACUCAGGUGGACGCGGAGGGGAUGAAGAACUGGAUUUGUCCGCAUAUUAUUGGCGGAAUACCGAUUCACAUAGUCAAGAAAGAGUAUUAUGGAAGGACACGGAGUCAGAAGGGUAAGAGAGUAAGUACAACUCGUCUUAAUAUAUGGUCGUGGUUUACUACACGUACACGAUGAUUACAAUCGCUAGCUGGGACCUAGCACGCACCGCGCUAGUACUUCUAUAUGGAACUAAGUUAAGAGAAAAAUCAUGAUGGAAUGACACGUAGUCAUCUGGUCUCAGUCUCUAAUAUCGCGUUAUGAAGCGUGAGGGCGACGGAGAUUCUAGCGGAAAAUAUACGGGGAUUGAAGGACUGGCGUAGAUGAAAGAACUCCCGAUUGUCCUUCUCUUCUGUGUGUACCAAACCAAAAAACUGCAUUGGUUCCUGUACCAGUCUACUUGUAUUUUAUGGCCGACCGAUAUGGCGAGCCCGACAACAUAUUAUUUUUUUUCAGUCGGUUCAUCUUGAUCUUCAUUAUAUUUCUAUAAUUCAUAUUCAUAAGAUGAAGCAAGAUGACGCUGACGCACUGAAAAUAUAUAUUUCAUCACCGCUGUUGUUCUUGAAUCGUUUAUUUUUACAAGAUGAACCGCAACCACAACCGUUGUGGACCUACAGGUGGAGGAAGCCUUAAUGAUGUAAGAUGAUUAGAUGAUUUUUAUAUGUAGUAUAUCACUUGUCGUCGGCGAUCUCCAUUACUAGCUCCUGAUCUACGGGUAAGGAACGGUAACGCUCUCAAUAUCGAGCUAGUCCAAUAAAUUUGAAAAUAUCGACCGAAAAAAUACCCCUAAUAUUUCGGUCGUAAUUUUCGACUUUCCCACCCUUACCCACCCUAGUUUUAGUGAUUUUAAGAUGAACGUUUUCUCGCGCUCCGCUCGGCAUAAAAGUGCCGCUCAGGGCUUUGUGAAACCACCAGCGUCGCCACCUCGAGCUGUUGUACAGCCGGAGACGACGCAGGCGCAAUCUUCUGCUCCUCAGAUGUUCCCACCUAUUCUUCCGCCGAACAUCUUCGCUCAAGGUGGUGGAGAUCCGGCAGUCCAUGCUGGUCAACAAUUAUCACAGCAGGGAUUCGCAUCUCCGCUGACGCAGCAGCCUGGAAAAGGGGCGCAUGUGAAUGCUGUGCACCCGUAUGGAAAGGGGCCGGCGCUUACACAAGUUCCCGCCUAUGUGACGAAAGGCGGCGGGAAGACGAAUCCACAGAAAGGCAAGGCGAAAGGGAGCGCGUCUUUGCCGCCACCGCCUCUAGCCGCAUCCGGCUCAACGACAGUCGUCGUUGCACCUCCUACUCCACCAGAGUCGAAUAGUAGUCAUGUUAAGGGCUCGUCCGGCAGCCGUGUUUACGAUCGAUCUCUCGACAGUGUGCAGUCUGCCCCAAUUCAUAAAGGCGUUUCGCGGCAGGGCGCAAACUCCCUCGGUCAACGUCGUCCGGAGUGCAUGCUGGCCGCGUGGAAAGAUACGGUUGUAAAUGUGGCUGCGACAUUUCGCGUCAGCAGACCCCCCGAUUUACCGGAGGUUAUUACGGUCGAAUCCGCUAAACGGGUUGCUGCUUCUGCUUGGGAGAACUCGCUUGAGUUCACAAAAAGACGCCUCAACGCGAAGACCAUGGCCUCAUACCAGAAGCAGUAUGAGAAAUGCGCGGAGCUCAUGACUGCUGCGCGCUUAUCACCGUGGCCACGCGCAAUCACGGGAACUUCUCUCCAACUCUUCGCAGCUGCUUUAUCGCAGUGCUCCGAGUUUCCAAAGUCGCGGGUCACCUACUUUUCACACGUGAAGUGCUACGCUGAGUGUGUCGCCGCGCUCUCUCGGGAUGCUGAAGUGCAGUAUUCGAAAGCUUUCCGUCACCUCCUUUCGGCGCGCCCCCCUGCACACCAAGAGGAAGGCUUGCGGCUUUCCCACAUGUUGUUGAUCUUGGCUGCUUCUAAGGUCCUAGGUGAUAAGACGGCCAUCCAGGGCGCCACCGGCGAGAAGUGCAAGAUGAGCACCUAUGUCGGUUUCCUCAUUGUGUGCUGGUUUAAUGCGAUGCGUUCGGAGGAGAGUUUCUCUACUACGCGGGAAGUCCAAAACUGACCAAUUGGCGCAUGGUCAUAGAUCCGACUUCUGCUGCUGCUGCGACUGGGCCCCUCAGGUGCAGGCCGGUGUCAACUGCGUGAAGCUUUGCCCGGUGCAUUGCUGCUCAGCUGCCCAGUGGAAUGCGGUCAAAUUUUGGAGCACGCGCGGGCAUGCAGCUACACUUGAGGAAAUUCUGCGUCUCUCGAGCAUCGCGAACCCGAGAUGCGAAAAUAAUCGCAAACUAUUUGGCACCCACUCGGUCAGGAUUGGCACUGCAAGGGCCGCUUACGAAGGAGGCAUGACGAAAUCCGACGUCAUUAAAUUAGGCCGUUGGGGAUCCGACGACUCGGCCGAGCAUUACUUGGCAUCCUCCGUGCUCAUUGCGGAUAGUGUGGCCAUGGAGUGGCCGAUUAGGAAGCCGGUUUCUGUUUUUCGGAGGCCAAAAAAUCCAGCCCCCUCCCUCCCAGUCGACGACUGGGUCGAGGACUUAUUAUCCGGCGCGUAUUAACGCCUAGCUUCGUGUGCACUUGUUGUUCGAUCUUUUUUUGGCACCCCUUAGGCUAGGCUCUCGAGAUCCUUUCUUUUCUUACAAGUAUUGUUUCUAGUCGUAUGCAUUUCGAUUCACCAAGAUUCACCAAGAUCAUAAGUUUGCUCUGCCUAUGACCUCUGUGGUGCGAGUGUCUCACAUAGUGACAACUGCGCCUUUGUAGUCUGGGGCGCAAGAUCUUCCAAUCCUACACAUUUCGGAGAUCCUUUGUGCUUAUCGUGAGGGUGCGCACUGAGUUCCAAAAUUGAGCUCCCAGGAAAACCUGAGCACCUUCUGAGAGAAGACCUUGGAGAGAUCCCCCCUUCGCACUCCAAAAUUGAAGAUCCCCAGAAAAGUGGCAGAUCGCCCGGGACCUUAUGUAAAGGGGCUCUGCCUCGUCUUACUCAUACUCUCUUGCGUGUUGUUUAUUUAUGACAGGGAAAACUAUACCAACUUCUUCACGGUAGCGUCGCUGCUUCACGUACUCGCCAAAAAAAUGGCCGCUUUCGUCAAUCUUUUGCAAGUUGCUCAGGAUGAGCAAGGGCUCGGCGUCCCGACUGCUAAUCAGCUAACGCUGUUGAGCCAACGCAUGACGGGGGUGGACGAGAAAUGCAGCGCCAAGCAGCAUCUCUUUGCGCUACGCAAAUUCGAGUCGCAACAAAUUGGGGAACUAUGCGCGUCUACAACUUCGUUGAAGUUCACCCCGUUCGCUGUUCUUGCUGCCCUUCGUUCGGUGAAUUGCUUGGGCGUCGCGGAAACAAACCGCCUGCAGAAGAUUCUGAAGGAUGCGCUUCUUGGGUCGUUGGUCGAGUCUGCGGCCGACACGGUGCUGGAUAAGCCGACGCUGUACAAGUUGUUCUUCGACAACUUGGGUAACUGCUUAAAAUCGGGGAACCUACCAGUCGUCGCGGACGGCGAUAAUCUCUAUCAACGCCAGGCGCGCUUGGCGAUCACCACUGAUUUCGUCGCCGAAUUCCAGGCGAGUAUCCGCGCCGAGAAGCGCCUGCUGGCUGUCUUGUCGACUUUCGAUUUUUCGCCCCGACCUCAAGACGAUUCUGGGCAGCAGCACCAGCCGAACCCGAUAAAGAAGCCCACUCGCAAGCCGGGCGCCAAGAACACGGAGCAAAACGCUAAGCAGCACGUCUGCCUCGAUUGGCUGCAGGGGAAAUGCUCCUCACCAUGCAAGAAGAAGCUGGCGCACAAAGGUGACGCCCAGAAGCUUCUCUUCUUGAGCAGUCGUUUCUUGAAGGGGGCUGUCAAAACUGCCGACAUUAUGGCACUCGCCGCCGACGAGUAGCGUGCCUGCGGGCUACGAAGGAAUUGCUUGCGCCACUUGUCGGAGACAGGGGUGGCUAGCGAUCCUUUCGGGCUCUCAGUUGGCUCUCGUCUCAGCAGACCAUUUGGAGCCUCUCCUUAAAUUCUGUUGAUGGCGCUUUCUGUGGCACCUCAUAUUGUGCAGUAUAUUCUUUUUAUCUGGCCUCGCGAUAGGCUUUCGCGUGCCGGCCGUGCCUCUCACUCUCUGUUCUUGUUUCAAGAGUGACAAGCGAGUAUAGUUGAGGUUUCACGAGCGUGAGCGCGGUCCCGCCCAGUUUGGCCUGGGUUUUCUGUAAGAGCACUUGGUCUGUUCGUGGAGCGUGUGCAGCAGGGCUCGGGUUCUUUUCCCUUCGACGUUUCUGUCUUAAUGUGCCAUCCGCGUAGGAUCCAUCUGUUUAACGAGCGACGUAUCCAUCUGUUUAACGAGCGACGCUCCUUCUUUUCUUAAGCCUUAUCCUUGUUAUGUACAGCGAUGAGGACAGGGAUGCGAGUUUCAUCGUUGACGCCCUCCCGUUUAUUCUUUGUUCAGUUUCGCCCCUUCGUUAUCUGAGGCUUGUCCCUUUCAUAUUUUACUUAUUCGGGUAUAGCUUACCUCAUCUCGUGCUGUCUAAUUUGAAGCAUCUAAUUUGAAAUACUUAGCCUAGCGCGCUGCUAUUCAUUAAGAAUAGCGCUGUCCCCUCUGUCUCCAAAGUUUCGGACGGCCGUGAAGGACGUACGGGCGUGGUGCUUGGCCGUGACCUGAGCGCGAUGGUGGACCCUGACGCCACCGACUUUGCGGCCGCAUUGGAGGCCGAUCGCGGCGGGCGUACGUACGGCUGUAUGUCGGCUGUCCCUGAAUAUUUCGACAUCCCCAUUGAUUUCAACAAGUCGGCCUCGGUAGAAGAAAUCCUGUAUAAAAACCAGAAUAUUGGGAACAUGCUCGUGCGCAUCCACUCCUCUCUCCGUCGCCAAGAAACUGAGUUCCAUAAAGCCCUUCUGCCGCAUAUUGCUUUUGUUUACAAAAAUAAAAGCAUUUUGUUUUUCGAGGCGAUUCUGGAGCGGGCGGCGUCCGCCCAUAAAUCAUUGUGGGCGAGGAAAAGUGAGAUCAUGAGCAUCAUCGACAAGAUGACGCAUGGAAUUCGUCAAGACAAUGACAUUCGUCCUUCGGGCUUCUGGGGCCCUGUUUGCGCAGAAGAAGUAGCCAAGAGGCGAAAACGCGCUGAAGAAGCCACGACCAAGAUCCAGUCUGCCUCGAAGUUGCCCGAGCGGGACCAUUGGGCAGACGAGUCUCUCGUCGAGGAGAUGUGGCAGCAGAUGUCCGACCUAGUCGACUCGGGAAGAUGGACUAAAGCACCACUAAACUCCUCUCUUCCAUUAGGUGGCUCGAAAGCCUUCCCAGUCGUCCAAGGUGGUAAAGCGCGCGUGUGUGUGGAUUUCCGAUUUCAGAAUACCUUCAUGGUUGCCCUCGAGCGCAUGAGACUCUUGGGAGCCCGGGCCACGACACAAAUCUCGUCACGCUUGAUGUCGUCCAAGUCCCGCCCCUUGGGCUUCUGGCAGUUUAAGCAGGACAUCGCCGCCGACAUCUCGCAGGAAAAGUUGCUUCGGGCCUCCAUGGAGGUCCAUACUGCCACAUCCAGGGAAGUUGACCCAGAUUCCGUUCCGGAUGGGUCCAACGACGGCAUCCACGCGGACUCUUAUGCUUUCCGCCCGCUAUCUGCCAAGAAGGACCUGAGGCAGUUCUAUUACCAACUGGCUACCGCCGAGCCCAACAAGAACGCAGUUUUCUUCCCAAUACCUUGGGCAGUGGAGGACUCUGAAAAGGAAGACAAAAGCAGCUCGCGGGGAAAACCAAAAUCGCCAGACGCUCCGCAAUCACUUAAGAGGCCUAAGCGAGACAGGAAGUGGGUCGUCAUCCUUUCUUGGGUGCAGCUGUUUGGGAGUUUGGCCAGCGUUCACGAUUGCGUGCACGUUUCAGAAUGCAUAAUGUGCAUCCUGAACUUGGUCCUCCUACUGGUGUCCACUGUGUAUGUGGAUGACGUCCACUCGCAGUCUCGUGCUGCUGCUUUGCGUUCCGACUCUGCCCUUGUCGACUUAUUUCUUGCUUUGGCAGGAUGGGAACAAGCCGACGCAAAACAAGAACAUCACGAUGAAGCCCUGAAGCGUUCUCUGACUGUGCUUGGCAUCGCGUAUCAGCUCGUCAACGAGCUCCAUCUGGCUUGUGGUGUGGAUAUUUCCAAACUUACGCAGUUGGCCGACAUGGGCGUCGCAGCAGCUGCCAACCUCGAGGCGCACUGCCUUACCAUUAAGGAGCUAGAGAGCUUUCGUGGGCUGUACAGACAUUGCGUGCAACUUGAUCGAGGGUCUAUGUUCUUAGCCAAGGGCGUCGAUCCGUGGUGCUCUGAGGCCUUCUUCCAUACGAACACUCGCAAGAAAAAGGAGCGCCGUGCUCUACUUGGACUCAUCCGCAUCAUGAUCUUCGUCGCAAGGUCGACGAAGCCGCUACUUCUCUCGACUAAAGCCUCGUCGGCUCCUUUGGUCCAUCUGUACACAGACGCCGCCCUCGUGAACCAGUCUGCACUUCGCGACGCGAUUGCCGCUGGACAACGUUCGGACCUGGACCAGUUUUCGCUUAAUAUCGGCGGUUUCCUUUUUCUUUCCGACGCUACCCAGAUUGCGUUUUCCGGUGUCGUACGAUCAAUCCCGUGCUGGGUUGCCAAGUUGGACAUUGGUGUGCUGGAGACUUUCGCUGCGCGGGUCGCACGAGAUUUUUUCCGCGACCACCUUCGCGGCAAAUCAGUUGUGCUUCAUUGCGACAACGUUGGCGCCGUCUAUGCAUUAGGAAGAUGCUCGUCGAGAUGCGCUACCACGCAACGGAUCGCUGCAGCCUUCGCCAAGUUCUCGGUGCAGCACGGCUUAUCCUUUUAUGUUGCCUGGGUUAGUACCAUGCGCAACAUCGCGGACGUUAUGACGCGCUUGGAGCGUCUUCGACUGCUACGCGAACACUUUCCGCGGGCUCGUUACAUUGUCCUCGGCUCCGACGCCCUUUCUGCCGGCGAGCUGUGGGGCGAUACGGGCGACAUGGAGAAGCUUCUCAUGGAGGGACCUAGCCGCGUUUUUUCAUUUAGGUGAAAAGACGAUGGUGAAUGCCAGGGUGCAUCUGGAGAUGCACUCUUUGUGACAGGGGCAGCUUGUCUUUGCUGUUCUGUGGGGUCUCAUUUUUCAGAAAAUUUGUCUUCAUCAAUGAGGGGAGUGUUACUCCUCCUCCAUUUCAGACCCUCACCAGGAGCACUAU